GGCCGCGCUUCAUUUCUCCAGCCACGCCGACCCAGUUCAGUUCAAGGUCCGCCGUCCGAUCUCAGCCCCCCUCCCCACCUCCUCCAAGAGACUGAAGCCGUUGCGAGGCUUCCUUCGGCCCGAGCAAGGGGACCUGUUGAGGAUCCCGGAUUCUAAGGGUCGAUUUUGGGGGCUUCCCCCCCUCCGACGCCCCUUCCAUUUCUUGCAAAAAAGGAUAAAGCAGACGGGGGAAACCCCCUCCCCAAUAAAUCACCCACCCACCCCCCAAAAAAACCCACCCGAUCGACCGAUCGCCCCCUUUUUUUUGGGUGCCCCUCCUUCCCUCCCUCUCCCACCUUUCCUCGCCCCGCAUCCGCAACGAAGGUGGAGUCGGAGCGCGGCGACACCUUGCUCGCCAAGAUGCCCAUGGAGCUGACGCAGAGCCGGAUCCAGAAGAUUUGGCUGCCGCCCGACAAUCACCCCACGUUGCCGCGCCGAUUAUGUGGUCCGCAGCUCACCAAUUCCCCCACCGUAAUCGUGAUGGUUGGACUGCCGGCUCGCGGGAAAACCUACAUUUCCAAAAAACUAACCCGCUACCUCAACUGGAUUGGCGUGCCGACGAAAGUGUUUAAUGUGGGCGAGUAUCGCCGGGAGGCUGUGAAACAUUACAGCUCUUACAACUUCUUCCGUCCUGACAACGAGGAGGCCAUGAAAGUCCGCAAACAGUGUGCCUUAAGUGCCUUGAGAGACGUCAAACUCUACCUGUCUGAGGAAGGUGGACAGAUUGCAGUUUUUGACGCCACCAACACAACCCGCGAGCGAAGAUCCAUAGUCUUGCAUUUUGCCAAAGAAAACGGAUAUAAAGUGUUCUUCAUUGAGUCCGUCUGCAACGACCCGACUGUGGUGGCGAGCAACAUCAUGGAAGUCAAGCUGUCCAGCCCGGAUUAUAAAGACUGCAACUCAACGGACGCCAUGGAAGAUUUCAUGAAGAGAAUCAGCUGCUAUCAAUCCAGUUACCAACCUCUUGAUCCGGAUGGAUACGACAGAGAGUUGUCGCUCAUCAAAGUGAUCGACGUUGGUCGAAGGUACCUGGUGAACAGAGUCCAGGAUCACAUCCAAAGUCGGAUUGUCUACUACCUGAUGAACAUCCACGUGCAACCCCGGACUAUCUACUUGUGUCGGCACGGCGAGAGCGAAUUCAACCUCAAAGGGAAGAUCGGUGGCGACUCGGGGCUCUCCAGCAGAGGCAAGAAGUUUGCCAGCGAGCUGAACAAUUUUGUCAAGGAGCAAAAUCUGAAUGAUCUCAGAGUCUGGACCAGCCAUCUAAAGAGGACAAUCCAGACGGCAGAAGCUCUUGACCUGCCCUAUGAGCAGUGGAAGGCUUUGAAUGAAAUUGAUGCUGGUGUGUGUGAAGAUAUGACUUAUGACGAAAUCAAAGAAAAGUAUCCGGAAGAAUUUGUUCUACGUGAUCAAGACAAAUAUUAUUACCGCUAUCCAUCAGGAGAGUCCUAUCAAGAUCUGGUGCAGAGAUUGGAACCGGUCAUCAUGGAGCUGGAAAGACAGGAAAACGUCCUUGUGAUUUGUCACCAGGCCGUCAUGCGUUGCCUCUUGGCUUACUUCCUCGACAAAAGCGCAGAAGAAAUGCCCUAUCUGAAAUGUCCUCUCCAUACAGUCCUGAAACUGAGUCCUGUAGCUUACGGUUGCCGAGUGGAGUCCAUCUAUCUGAACGUUGAAGCUGUGAAUACUCACCGGGACAGGCCAGAGGACGCAAAGAAGGGACCACAUGCGCUCAUGAGGCGUAAUAGCGUGGUCCCUCUGGCCAGUCCAGAACCCGUCAAAAAACCUCGCAUGAACAGGUUUGAAGAACAUGCCACUGCUUCAGCCGCCUUACCAGUCCAUACCUGCCUCUCUCCGGAAGGCCCCGUACAGCUUCCCGGACAAAACCUGAAUCCUCCACACACCCAACCUUGAGAAUCUCUUUCGGCGGGACUUCGGGAACCUUGGUGGAAGCCAACCGCCGUGCCAUCAUUCAUCUCCGAAACUUGGCAGCCUGCUCCACAACAUCUCCGUUCGACUCCAGUUGAUUUGUUGAUGAUCUCCAUCGCUGGUUUAUCUUGCCUUCUUGGACUUAAGAAAAAUGGAGCGGCGGAAGGAGGAAACACCAGAGAGAGAGAGAGAAAGAAAGAAAGAAAGAGAGAUGGAGGAAAAAAUAAAGGAAAAGAAAGAGACUUUAUUUCAUCAGCAUAUAAACUCUGGAUCUGAACCUGAUUUUAAAGCUGGGUUUGGUUUUUUUUCCCCAUCUACUCCAAUUUGACUCCAGCAAGCACCAAAAUGCUUCUGUUACACACCAUACGUCCUACAAGUUUUGGUCAUUGUUAUUCUGUUUUGUUUCGGUUUUAAAGCAGCGAGCUUGCCUUGCAGAAGAUUACUAUGUUGACCCGCAGCAUCUCUUUAAGAUAAAAGGGUUAGGGUCAGCUUAGGUGGGCUUUGUAGCUAAGACAGAGGCGAAAGGGGAGAUGAAAAGUGUGAACAUUCGUGAGUCUGUCCCAUCUCUUCGUUUCCACCUUAGAUGUUCACUGAAUUUUAGCUGUCCUUGGCGAACUGGUCCGAGACAGAGUCCGAUCAGUUGCUCCCAGACUAGGCAGAGAAGAGAGAUAAGAGGCCAUAAAACAAUUGUGAAAAGUUGGUCCGCGCUUUUUGUAAGCAAGGGCCUCUCCUUUCUUCUAUAGGGGUGCAUUAAAAGUUCCGUCCCCCUGAACAUCCGCGUCAGUACAAGGACUGUGUCCUGACCCUGCUUUGGGAUGUUUGUGUGUGUGUGUGAGAGAGAGAGUGAUGGGACACGACACUUGGCACACCCUGGCCUCUUUUCUAGUUGGGUGGGAGACUUCCCACUCAGGAAAGGCCCAUUUUUUUUAAGUCCGGUGUUAAGAGAGAGGCACUGGUCUUCUUUUCAGACCUGGGAUGUGUGUGGGGGAUUCUGCCCCGCCUUGCCUUUCCCCCACCUUUGUGUGUGUGGCUUGUGGGAAGGUCUCUUUGGAGACCAGUGAAGUCAUAAGAUGCAUCGUUUACGUUACAAGCAUCUCGCGGUGCAAACAGGGUAUGUUCCUACCGACCGACAACGAAUGAGCUUCCAGCAAACCGAGUCACUCGUGGAUAUCUGCAAAUUUACAGCUGGCAAGGCUGUUUUUUUCCAGCUUUCCACUCUUGUUUUAGCCACUGGAAACGGAUUUCUGACCCUCACGUUUGAGGCUCCGCCGUGUAUCCAGCAUAAAUCUGCAAGUUUUCAUAUCAAGGAAAAGGGAGAGAGGGUUCUAGGGCUAGAGUUUUGUCCUAAUCAUGUGUUGCCAAUAAAAAUUGCACAGUUGAAGAACGGCUGAUGUAGGUGCUCAACGCAUUAGAAUAGCAUGUUUAGGAACAAAGUUAAGGUUAGUUUCAUUCAGGUGGAUUGAUUUAUUAUGGGCCUCCCCCUUUUUUUUUUUACAUGUUGAAAUAACUAUUCUUAGCAGUAGUUGUAGAGUAUUAUUUUUAAAUGAUCGUUUUUGAUAGUUUUGAAGGACAUCUGAGUAAAUAAGCUUGCUUUCCUUUAUGACCAGAAUUUCUCCUGGUGACUUCUCAGCCUGUUUCUCCUGUUUCCCAGGUGUGCCACUCAAUUCACAGUCCUCAAUUCGACAGCGGGCUCAAAUAAAACGAACGCUUUUUAAAACAAAAACAAAAAAAACCAACGUAAUCGUAAUUAAGUCUUUGGGAACUUUGAGGGAAUUUGGGCCGCCAGGCGCGUUGUCGCAAGUUGAUGCCAAUCGCUUGAAGAUGAUUGUGUGUGUGACGGACAAAAGUAACAAUAAGUCUGGUUUCGAACGCAAGCCCUCUUUUUUUAAGAUUGAACUGUUCUGCCAAAGUUGACCCUGGAAAAGCUGUCCAGGAUGAUGAGAUAGGAAGUAGACAACUGCUGGGCGAGGAUGAGGUCCCCAAGGCGGACGGUUGCAGGGCGAUAAAGGUGAUUUUUAUUUUCCAAAUAAAGGAUUGUUUGACCCAAGGCCCAAGCGUUGACUUGCUAAUCUGAGAGGGUUUAUAUGUUUAUAAUAAGACUCCAUGUAGAUCGGCGGUAGGGGACUGAUGGCUCCUUUAUGGCUGGUGGACUUCAACUCCCAGAAUUCUUGAGCCAACCGUGCUCAGGAAUUCUGGGAGUUGAAGUCCAUAAGUCAUAAGGGGACCAUCGGGCCCUUACUCCUAGUGUAAACGAAAAUCUUUUUCUGCUUGUUAAGAUUAACUUCUUUGAAUUUUGUUUGGUUUUUAAAGACAUUUUUUAUUAUUAUUUUGAACGUUUUCAGGGCCUGUUUCGUUCUUUUUUUUUAAAAAAAAAACACUUUUACAUAGGUGUGAAUGGCCUCAUCUCCCACCCUCAAAUAUUUCCUUUUGAAAUUCUGUGGCAAAUAUUUUCUUUUGAAAUUCUGUGGCAAAUAUUUCCUUUUGAAAUUCUGUGGCAAAUAUUUCCUUUUGAAAUUAUAUUUCCUUUUGAAAUUCUGCCACCACAAAAUAGAGCAAAUGGGGGCAAAACAAAAACUUAACACUUCCCAUCCUUACCCUGCCCUCCCCCCUAAAAAGCCGCCCCCCCCCCUUCUCUGGACAAAGUGCAUUUUGCAAUAAUGGUUUUAGGCCAAAUUGUUUUCUUACAAAUGCUGUCCACCUUGAAAGAGACGGAAAUAAGGAAAUGGGGGGGAUGAAAUCUCAGAACAAAAUGGAUUUUUCCUGUUUGAAAGGAGGGAGAAAGCUUAAAAGGCUGUUAAUUACCGUAUUAUUGUGGGAUUGUGUAACGGUUUUUGUGGUUGCAGGGUGUGGGGCAUGGCAUGGAAAUCCUAUUUAAAUGCUAUUAAAAAUUCUAGCAGUGGUGAUUCCUCGGGUUGGUUGGUUGGGGCUUUUUUUCCCCUUUGAUACUUGAAGUUAGAUUUUUUUUAAACAACCAUUUUUAAGAGCAAGAGGCUAUUUAUUUAUUUAAUUGAUCUCGCAGAACCACGGAGUCUCCCCCCCCAAACUCGCUGUUCCAGUCUUCAUAAAUUUUGUAUUGAAAUUUUAAGUUUUAUGUGUCUGUACGGGAUGAUUUUAAUCUAUUUUCUUUCCCCCUCAUCCCUGAAGGUGAAGAGCUGCGUGGCUUAUAAAACAGGCCUGUCCCUUUUUUGGAAAUUUGUAUAUUUUGCAAUUGCCGGACCAAUUAAAAUACCAUCUUUAACUAGAA